CUGACGAGGGGCCUGCCUUACGUUCUUUGUUUUUAUAUCCACGCUAUAUUAAUUCACUUGGCAUAAACAGCCACUGGAGGAUGUGAUUAGUAAAGUAUAAUUGAAUAAGGCAUCUGCAUUUCACUUUUUAAGUCAUAAAUUCGGGGUUUAUAAGAAUUGCUUCUACUCGAAUACAUGAGUCACCAGCUGAUUCUUGGCAGGGGGGAACCACAAUUGCUAGAAAGUAACAGCCCUUCGGUUACCCUUUCAAAGAGCUUCUGAGCCUUCUGGGAAUUGUAGUUUUUAUUACAACAUCCACCAACGGAGGCAUUUCGGCACGAAUAUUAACCAGUGGAGAUCGGUUCACGAACUGGGCACAAUCGAGUUUUCCCGUAGUCCAAGUGAGACUACACCGCGGCAGCGAGAUAGCCGCUCUAGGCCGCCACAUUUGACUCUCUAUGGUCUUCGGGAUUGGUCCCACAAUGCAUUGCGCAGAGCCGGUACGGAGCAGAGUGCGGAUAAACUAACGUCAGUUCAUCCAGGGUUGCUCGGUAGCGAUGGCCGCUCCGAGAGAAAAUGUCAGUUUGCUAUUCAAGUUGUACUGCUUGACAGUGAUGACCCUGGUGGCUGCAGCUUACAUCAUAGCUUUAAGAUACACAAGGACAACAGACAAAGAACUCUACUUUUCAACUACAGCUGUGUGCAUCUCAGAGGUUAUAAAGUUAUUGUUAAGUGUUGGAAUUUUAGCUAAAGAAACUGGUAGUGUGGGUAGAUUCAAGACUUCUUUAAAAGAAAAUGUCUUAGGAAGCCCAAAGGAACUGAUGAAGUUGAGUGUUCCAUCUCUAGUAUAUGCUGUCCAGAACAACAUGGCUUUCUUAGCUCUUAGUAAUUUGGAUGCAGCAGUAUACCAGGUGACCUACCAACUAAAGAUUCCUUGUACUGCUUUAUGUACUGUUUUAAUGUUAAAUCGAUCACUCAGUAAAUUACAGUGGAUUUCAGUUUUUAUGCUGUGUGCUGGAGUCACACUUGUUCAGUGGAAACCAGCUCAAGCCACCAAAGUAUUGGUGGAGCAGAAUCCACUGUUAGGGUUUGGUGCUAUAGCUAUUGCUGUGUUAUGUUCAGGAUUUGCAGGAGUAUAUUUUGAAAAAGUUUUAAAGAGUUCAGAUACUUCCUUAUGGGUGAGAAAUAUUCAGAUGUAUUUAUCUGGAAUUGUGGUGACAUUAGCUGCCGUCUACAUGUCAGAUGGAGAUGAAGUUAUAGAAAAAGGAUUUUUCUUUGGCUAUACAUACUAUGUCUGGUUUGUUAUCUUGCUUGCUAGUGUUGGAGGACUCUAUACAUCCAUUGUGGUAAAAUACACAGACAACAUCAUGAAGGGAUUCUCUGCAGCCGCAGCCAUUGUACUUUCUACUGUUGCUUCAGUCCUGCUGUUUGGGUUACAGAUAACACUCAACUUUGCUUUGGGUACCCUUCUUGUGUGUGUUUCAAUAUAUCUUUAUGGAUUACCCAGACAAGAUACAACAGUAAUCCAAGGGGAAGACAACACUUCAAAAGAGAAACUCAUUCACUUGUGAUACUAUUUCUAAGAUUAAAACAAACAACAAACAACAACAGAAAAAAAUAACUACAGCCUUAAGCUAAUCCUAGAAGGUAGCUUUAACAAAACAAAAAAAUGAAUGUAUGGCAUGAGAACUGCUAUUUAGUAAUGGAAUGUGUUGCCAACAUGCAAAGGGGCUCAUUUUGUACAAUUUUAGGAAAAUUGGAAUUGCUGUACAUAAUGUACAUAAAAAGAAUUUUAGUGCUUUAAAAAAAAUGUGGGAUGUGGUUCUAGAUGAUGUUUUAAAGUGCCAAAGUUUUUUUUUUUUUUUCCCUGCACUAAUGGAAUUUUUGGUCAGAUAUUAGGGGACGAGAAAAUUCCUCUCCUCCUUGCAAUGCAUAUAAUCUUAUUUCAACAGAGGCGUAAAUCUCCUGAAGAUGAUGGAUGUAUGAAGGAUGCAUAUGCAGGAUAGGUCAAUUCAGAAACUUGUUAUUUCUUCUUAGACUGAGUCUACUUUGUGACUUUAAAUAUAUCUAGGUGGUGACUUAGUGCUUCUUUAGCACUGUAUCUGUGCCAUUAGUAAUCUCAAUCCCAAUUUUUCUUCAUAAAAAUUUUUUACAUCACUUUUGUACUCUUUUUAUAAAAUGAUCAGCUGUUGGACUCACCAAGAGUAAUUUGUGAAACGAGUGGUUUUUUUUUUUUUUUAAAUCUCCAUAAUGUUCAUGGGGAAUUCAGCAAUAAACCUAAUUUAUUUACAUAA